AUGGCGGCCCCCGGGGUGGAGGCGCGAGCGCUGUUCGCGGAGGGGGGUGCGGGCCGUGCUGGGGGGCUGGCGGUGGCGCAGGGCUUCGGGGGGCCGCAGGGUCCCGAAAAGGCCGCGUGGCUCAGCUCGGCGCUGCUCGAUUUCUUCACACAGAACGCUGACCUGGAGCAGGAGGAGGUGGAAGAUUUCCUGGCCGAGGUGAUGGACAACGAGUUCGACACGGUGGUGGAGGACGGCAGCCUGCAGCAGCCGCCCGGAGCCCCCGAGAGCGAAGGGAGGAGGAGGAGGAAGAGGAGGAGAGCAGCGAGGAAGAGGAGGAGGCCAUGGAGUGCGGCACACCCCCGCCCCCCUCGGACGGCUGGACCGUGGUGCAGCGGCGGCGGCGGCGAUGAUGGGGGGAGGGGUGUCCUGUGUGUCCCCCCCCAGCUUGGGGGACACCCCUCCCCCACCCUGCUCCCCAAACUGGGGGGGAAUAAAGGCCCCUCCCCCCAUGGGGGUGUGGGAAGAAGCGUCGUGUGA